UGCAGUACAGCUGCGGGUCAAAGCAGUAACUGGGGAUCUGAGCUCGGCGGUGACGCGCGGCACUCACGUGACCAGGAGCCUAUGUCUGCCCAAGUCCCUCUCGUCCUGGUCCUUUUUGCCAGUCAAGACACCGUCUGCCCUUUGGUCGAGGGGAAAAGCAGGAGGAAGUAAGUCCCCUCGGUCCUCUGAAAUCGACCAUUCACAACAUGGACAAAUCCUGCCAAGCAGAUGAAGAACAGCCACAGAGCGCGCCCAAGUCGGAGGAGGAGCAGCCUGAGGCGGAGCACUCGCCGGAAGAGCAGUGUCCAGAGGAGCUGUCUUCGGAGGAGCAGUCCUCUGAGGAGGAGUUCUUUCCUGAGGAGCUUCUUCCAGAGCUCCUUCCCGAGAUGCUGGUGUCGGAGGAGCGCCCCCCUGAGGAGCGCCUUUCUCGUCAGGACCUGUUCCAGGCGCACCCUCCCAUGGAGCAGCCUCCUUGCGGGGUGGGAAAACAUAAGCUGGAAGAAGGAAGCUUUAAGGAAAGGCUGGCUCGCUCUCGCCCACAAUUUAAAGGGGAUAUACAUGGCAGAAAUUUGAGCAAUGAGGAGAUGAUAAAGGUAGCAGAGGAGUUGGAAGAGAUGAAAAGAGUACGAAACAAAUUGAUGAUUAUGCACUGGAAGGCAAGACGGAACCGUCCUUAUCCUAUUUAAUGUGUCUGGCUUUCAAUGCUGGUCUGCCUGAUUUCAGUAUUGCCACCUGACCUUUGCGUUUCUCAAAUCCCUCUCGCCAUCUUUUUAAUUUUAACUUUUUGGGUGGCUUUACUUAAGGUGUUCCACUUGUAAGUCAUGUAAAAUUGGGCUUCCUCCCCAACUCUCCCAAUAUGCAAGCCUCCCUCUUUCAAUCAGGAGUCUCACUUAUUUGCAUGGAAAGAUGGACGUUAUAUAUUGUGAAGUGAAAAAAGCAAUUUUCGAAAAAUAUAUGUAGUAUCCCAUUUUUGUAAAAAAAAUGUAUAUUUAUAUAUUAAUAUGCAAAAAACCCUGAAGGUAUAUACUUCAAAUGCUUAAAGCAGUGGCUAUCUGUGUGGUAAGAUAAUAGGUGACUUCUGGUUUUUUGUUUUUCUUUGUUGGAACUUCUCAUUUUUUUCAAGAGGAACACAUUUUACUUGUGUUGCAAAAAAUCAGCCCCCAAUAUAAUGGGGAAAAUGUAAAGGAAUUUAAACACUGUCUAUCAGCUUAUAAAGGCAAUGUAGCACUUAAUAAAUACUUGUCAGAACUUUAAAUAAGUAAAUCCCAUGUUUCUUCAGAAUCUUUUAGGCAGAAAUAUGUAUUUGUUUAAGGGUUAAUCUUUUCCCAUUUAAAUAGGAAUAAUACUUGACUUACAGGGCUGCUGUGGAACCAAAUGAGGUAAAGAUGCAAUGAGCUGUUUUAUCCCCACCUGCAACAUGCAGGACCCCAACCACAUUCUAUUCCUGACCUGCAUUUCUCUUCCCUUGGAUAUUGCCAUGUCUGCUGGGCACAGCUGCCCCUUCUCCUGGUCCUUCUCCCUCCGUGUCACUUAUCACAGGGCACUCUAGGUGCAAAGCCUCAAUGAUUGCUCCAGAGGCCCUCCUGGGCCAAAGCUAAACUGUGUCUCCUAUAAAUAUUCAGUGAAUGUCCCUUAUAUUAAUAAGUAAUAAUAGUUAUAUUUAUCCAGGUGGAUACCAUCCCAGUGCUACUUUAGCCUCAAUGUCUUAAAGAAUUCUUAGCAAAAUAGUCCUUCCAAUUUUUUUUUCUUUCCUGAAAGCCUCCCUUUUCUCCUCUGGACUCAAACAUGAGUUUACUGAGACCUGGGCUAGGAGACAAAUUUGUGAGCCAGACACCGAGCUGUAUACUUGGAAUUGGAACUUCCUUCCCAAAUAAUUUCCAAGGAUUUUGGUUUUCAUUGCCUAACACUUCCUUUAGGGUGAGUUCUCCUCUAUCAGGCUUGCCUUAUCAAUUCUGCUGACUUGCUCAAAUUGUCUACACUAAAGAGGAAGGUAAGGCUCAACCUAAGAGUUUUCUCUUCUACCCCACCCACAUCAACAAUAACA